GGGCCCGCAGCGAGGAGCUGCCAGCCCUGGGCCCCGGGGCCGGGGCUGUGCCUGACCGCAGCAGGGCCGGAGAGGCGGCGGUCCGGCCCCGGGCCAUGGAGCUGGGGCUCGGCCCCCGCGGCGCUGCUGCAGAAAUCAAAGGCAGAAGAGAAAAUCAGAUUUCGUAUUUGAAAAUAUCAAAACUAGCGUUGGCUUUUGCAAUUAUCCACUCAAAACCACCAGGGAAGAGUUCCAAAGAAUACACAGAGUACCUUGCCAGAACUGUAUCCGAACAAGAUUUUGGAUGGAAAUGGAAAGUGGAAGUGCUGGAAGCUGAAGUUCUUCGAUUACGACAGGAACUUCUUUUGAACAGGAUCUCUCCAAGAUUCUGCUUGGAAAAUAGAAAACAGGAUACCUCUGCUGAAACUCUUCUGGGUCAGGAAUCUAGAAACCCUACAAGUUACUCGAGCCAGCUAGAAGACUCUGGAUGUGAUGUCUGUAAUGACUCUACAUUUGAUUCUUUAGGCAUAGCUUCAGAUUUUCACCAAUCUGAGCAUAAUGUCAGCACUUCUAAACAUUGGUUGGAAGGAGUUCCCCCCCUCAAUCUUUGCCCUACUAGCAAGGAGCAAUCUCUGACUGCUCCAGUGCAUUUUUUGCAACGUUUGCUUGAAAUAAGAAAACUGUCAGAAGGAGGAAUUCUUCAAGCAGACUUCUCAGAGCUUGAGAAUGAUUCUUUCACCAUAUGGAAUUCAGUGUCUCAGUUGCUUGAUGGACUGACUUUUUUUUACAACAGUUCUAAAUUCCCAGCUCCGAGUUUCCUUAGUGAAGGGGUUUGUGUUUUGCUCAGUUUAAUAACUGAUAGUAAAUUAUCGAAUCAUGUUUUGAAGAAGUGUUUCAGGAAGAUAGAAGAAUUUAAGAAAAAUCUAAUUCAAGUUAUUUUAAGAAAUAGGAGUGUCAAUAGGUUUCAGGCACUGCAUUCUGUAUCACAAACGCUGGGUUUGCUAGGAAGGAACAACAUACUAAGAAAUUCUUUAAUAUCCCUUCUCCUAUCGGGAGUCCGUCAGUUUGCUGAGCAGUUGUUGCAGGCUCACCAGGCCCAGUCUGUGUAUGACAUCGCCCAGUAUGAGAAUAUUUUUCUUUUGUGCAUGAUUCUGGAACAACUUCUUCAAAAUGAGACAGAAGAAAGUAACAUUUCAAGCUCAGACUAUGGAGGAGACGAAAAAAUCAAAUUUUUGAAGAAUCUUGAUCAAGUUAUUCUUCAUCUCUCAGAUGAAUUUCCUUUGUUUUCUUUAUGUUUGUGGAGAGUGAGUGUUCUUUUGAACUCAGGUCAAAUGCAAAUUGAUUAA